AUGUUUAAACAAGUUUUUACAAUUACUUUUGGAGAUUGUGCUGAAAAUCACGUAAAUAUGGAGAAACUUGGAUCAAUGUCAGAUCGAGGUUUUGAUUUAGAUGAUGUUACUAAAUUUAAAGAUUAUUUUGAAAAGAAAGGAUUAACUACAGAAUUUUUUGAUUUAAAAGAUUUAGUUAAAAAGGAUAAAAAUAAAAACAAAGUAAAUUUAUUUAAAAAGAAAAAUGAAGAUAAAAUGAAUGAGGAAGAAAAAGAAGAUGAUGAAGAAAAAGAAAAAGAAAAAGAAAAAGAAAAAGAAAAAGAAAAAGAAAAAGAAAAAAAAGAUGAAGAAGAAGAAGAAUUAUUAAAUUAUAAUGAUGCAUAUUUAUUAAUUGUUAGAAAUGGAUUAUCAUCAAUUUGUAAUGUUAAUGAUUUUCAUCAAGAACAAAAUAAAUUAGAAAAAGAUAAAAAGGCAUUUAUGUAUGGUAGAGUUGUAAAUAAAACAGCUAGACAUAAUCUUUGUUUUACAGAUGGUGAGUCACGUGAACCAGAAUAUGAAAAGGGUAAGGGUAGGUUGGUAUCUUUUAACGAUUGUCCAUUAUUGAAUAAAGCAAGGGAGACAUUUAUAGAUAUCCUUGGUGAUAAAGCUGAUGGAUUGGUUGCUGAGGGUAAUUACUAUUAUGAACCAAGCAAAUGUGGAAUUGGCUGGCAUGGUGAUGCUGAACGUCGUAAAGUGAUUGCAAUCAGAACUGGUCAAAGAAUGAAUAUUUGUUUCAAUUGGUUCAUAGAUUCAAAACCUGUUGGAAAUAAAUUCAUUCAAUUUUUAAAUCAUGGUGAUAUCUAUAUUAUGUCUGAAUAUACAACUGGUUUCAAUUGGAGAAAAAAGAAAAUUCCUACUCUUAGACAUUCUGCUGGUUGUUCAAAAUUCACUUCAUUAUAA